CCCCAGAGCUCUCUGUUGGUACUGCUUGCUGCAUGCAUGCUGAAGUGCCCUGACAGCAGAGAGACGGGCCGCCACGGAACCGUCGUCACUACCCUUGGAACCACCAUCAUCAUCAUCGUCGUCGUCUUCGUCGUCGUCGUCGUCGUUGUCGUCGUUACCAUCACCAUCGCCACCGCCACCGCCACCACUCCCGUCGUUGCGACCCGACCAAUCCUCCGACUUUCACUCGAUCGAUCCUGUCCUCCCGAGAGGUCCACGCAUAGUCGCCCUGCCCGGACUCUCUUGCUCACGCACCCACGCACGACGACGACCGCCCCAUCCCCAUGGCAACUACCUACUAGUCAACGACAGCGCGCGACAACAGCUCCCAUUGAUGACUUGACGAUACCGAGGAGCGUUUCCCCCGCCGACCAUCCCGCCAUCUUCCGCCGUCCGCCUUCCGCCUUCCGCCUUGGCCGUCCGCAGCCAUGUUCCCCUCGGUGCGGCGCUGGCUGCGCAACAACAGGACCCCAAUUGCCGUCGGCGUGGGCGUUGUCGGCGCCGGCUACGUCGUCACCCAAUAUGUCCUGUCCAAGCUCAACGACGCGCGCGAGCGCAUGAGCAGCGAGCGCAUCGCCAAGGAAAAUCUGCGCCGCCGCUUCGAGCAAAACCAAGAGGACUGCACCUUCACCGUGCUGGCCCUCCUCCCCACAGCCACGACCAACGUCCUUGCCGCGCUCAACACCGAGCAGAUCACAUACGAGAUCCAGCAAAUCAAGGGCACCACCAAGAGCCUUAAACCGGGGAGCGCCGAGUCCACCGCCAGCCCCCCCAGCAUCGCCGAUACCGCCAUGACGGAGGAGGAUGGCAAGAGCAUGGCCAGCCUGCAGAGCGAGAGCGGCGUCCACGCCAGCCAGGUCGUCGCGCCCGCGCCCUCGCCCUCGCCCUUUGCGCCAUCUGGGGAGGCAGGCCAACAAGACGGCGGCGCGCAAAGAACACGCAAGUCCAAGAGGCAGCUCUGGGAUGACCUGGCCAUCAGCGCCGUCACAAGAGCAUUCACCCUCAUCUACACACUCGCCCUCUUGACCAUGUUCACCCGCAUCCAGCUCAACCUGCUCGGCCGGCGCAGCUACCUCUCCAGCGUCGUAGCGCUCGCCACCGGGGCUCAACAGGCCACCAUUAGCCUCGAGAACAACGACGACGACAACACGGAGCAAGACUACGGCAACGACUUUGACACGAACCGCAAGUACCUUACCUUUAGCUGGUGGCUGCUCAACAAGGGCUGGGUCGACAUAAUGCACCGCGUCGAGAGCGCCGUCCGCACUGUCUUUGGCAGCCUCAGCCCGAGAGACCUGGUGAGCUUCGAGCGCUUCGGCGAGCUCACCAUGGAUGUGAGGAAGCUCGUCGAGGGCGCCACCCCCGAGGAGCGCCGGAGGUCAGAUUGGCUCAAGUUCCUGCUCCCCCCACAGGAACGGGAGGACGAGGUCAUCCGGGAGUCGGGCAUCCUCGAGGACAACGCGACGAUGCAGGCGGGGAGCAGCUCGGAGCCGGCGCUGAGGCGGCUGCUCGACGAGACGGCGGACCUGAUAGAGUCGCCCGCCUUCUCCCACGUCCUAACCCUCAUCCUCGACGCCGGCUUCUCCACGCUCGUCGACAAGAAGCUUGCCGUCGAGGCCUUUGAGCUGCCCCCGCAGCAGGACACCAGCCUCCUGCCGUCCGCCUUGUCGGCCGCGGACCAGCGGCGCACCAAGCACAUCCUGCUGCCCAAGAUCCUGUCCGUCCUGACGCGCCAGGCGCACGCCAUCGGCAACGGCAUGCCCAACCAGUACCUCGAGGACAUGGAGACGGUCCGCGCCCUCGAGGCCUUUGCCGCCGUCGUCUACUCGAGCAACUGGGAGAACGAGAUCCGCGACGAGGGGCUCAUGGACAGCGCCGUGCACGUGAGCAAGGAGGACCUGGCCAAGGGCCGCCAGCCCGCCGCCCCCGCCCCCGGCGAGCAGAGCAUCGUCAUGGUGGACGAGCCGGGCAGCCUGGAGAGCGCGUGGGAGAGGGCCGUGGAGAAGAAGCCAUAACAGCUCGUUGGUUGAUGACAGUCAUCGGGCUCCAUGUACUAAAUAUCUACGUGCUAUUUUUUUCCCUCCAUAUAUCCGCGACAUACAGGGUGUAUUCCGGCGCCGGAAGGGGGGCAUACGGCCAAGGCUCAUCAUCGUGGCUGAUAUAUAGGCAGGUUGACUGGUGAGCUACAUCGAUCAUACAUUACAUUUAUGCCUAUACAGUCGGUUGCCUCAGCAGCCAGCCGUGCGGUUGCCCUCGCAGAGGGGCUAGUACUAGGACCCGUAAAGCGAGC